AUGGCGGAGGACAGCUUGUGCCGCGCCCUGCACGCGAGGAAUCUACUGGGGAAAAGCACCCCCCCCCCUCUCGAGCUCUACGUCCAGCUCCUCGGUGCGGGGAUGUGCGCCGCGCUCUCACGCGUCGUGCUGGGCGAAAUAGGCCAAACCCCCACCCCGACAACCUCUCCACGGGUAGACCCUCUGUGGGAGCGCCGUCCGAAGAAGGCGACCACCCUCGAUGGUAAACCCCAGGGUCGAUCCCGCCUGUGUGGGGAAGGUCCGAGGGCCGGUUUCGCGGCCUCCGUGGAGGGAUCCCAGAAUCCGCCGGGAUCCUCUUCUCGUCUCCCGCCGCACGGUGACCUUCUUAAUCGACGCGUGAUUGAAUCCCUUCAGGUGGAUCUCUCCGCCCACUACGGCUCCCACGCCCUGCGGAGAGGCAGCGCGAAGCCUUUGGGGCCCGCCUUUCGCAGUAAAAAGGCGCUUUCACACGGCAUUCAUGAGGGGCGUGCACAGCAUAUCUGGCGAAUCAGCAAGGCUCACCGGCAAUGGUGUCCGCGCUGUGGGGUUUCUUUGUCCUCCUCCCCCACCAACGCCUCACAAACGGCGCCAUCAUCAUCGACGUCCACCGCGCUUUAUGUGGAUCCCAUUCACUGCUCGCUACCCAGCGGUCCUGCAAAUAAACGUGUGAAAGCUCCCAACACAGUAAAAGUGUGUGCCCGCUGCUUUCGACUACAAUCUCGUCGUGCGGUCCUGAAGCUUAAGAAGGAUAAAAUCCGUCUUCAAACGUUAGAGGUUCAGCCUUUGGAAAAGGAAAAGGAAAAGGAAGCAUCGAGCGGUUCAGCCGUAUCGUGUAGUGCGAUGGGCCCUAGCGGUAAGCAAACAAAAGACAUUUCUAAGGAGGGCAAUAUAAUGGUUGGGCAUCACUUCCGCUGUAUUACGGAUCUCUGCAAGGUUAAAAAACGUCGUCGUAAACGUGCUUGGUGGUCACGCCGCGCAGCGAAGAAGAGUUCACCAAUUCAAAUGAAGACUUCUGCUAGCAAUCGGUCGGUGAAAACGGCCUCAACGUUGAAAAAAGCAUCGUGGACGUCGUCCCCGGCACCUCAAAAGUUGCAUUUUGAUAUCCCGAAAGGACCGGUACGGCGUGGUGGCGUGAAAUCAAAACCCACCCCGCCCUCUGAGCCUCCACAGAAACCAAAGCCGCUGCUACCACCACCUGGGGAGAAGUCCCCACUCCAUAGUAAAGUUCCAGGUUUAGAAGUUACCAAGAAGCAGGCUGGUAGUAAAGAAGCCAAUUUAAUGCAUGAGAAGCAAACGCACUCUCCACAUGGAGCCUUAGGGUUGACAUCACUGUCUGCCACGCAAAGCGUAUUAGUUCCCGGUCCAAAGACCAGGAAGCGGGGUAGGUCGCGUGGGGAGGUGCAACCCACCCCACAAGCUCCCGUACCUGCUCAACAGUCAAGUAAAAGGAUAUUUGAUAUGAUGAGCAAGCUUGGCUUUUGA